AUGUUUCGAGCGUCUGUAAGAACAUUGUCGACUGCCGCUAGGCAGUCCCUCAGAAUUGGUCUCAUCCCAGCCGACGGUAUCGGGAAGGAAGUUAUUCCAGCAGCGAAGGCCGCCAUUUUGGCCCUGGGGUCUGAUAUUCCCAAUCCCCAAUUCGUUGACCUGGCUGCUGGUUGGGAAACCUUCACUCGGACGGGCGUUGCUCUUCCUCAGGAAACCGUCGACAUUCUCCGUCAAGAGUGCGACUGCGCAUUAUUUGGUUCCGUCAGUUCUCCAUCAAGAAAAGUUGUCGGCUAUUCGUCACCUAUUGUGGCUUUGCGUAAAGAGCUGGACCUGUACGCGAACAUCCGCCCCGUUGUUUCUGUGCUAGUUGGAGAAAAGCCUUCUGUUGACCUAAUCGUCGUCCGGGAGAACACAGAGUGUCUUUACGUGAAGCAGGAAGUGCAGACCGUCGGAGAACAUGGCAAGGAGGCCCGUGCAACCCGCCUGAUUACCGAACGUGCAUCCCGUAGGAUAGGUCAAAUGGCAUUCGAACUCGCCAAUGCCAGGCCCCGAAAACUCCUCACAAUCAUCCACAAAUCGAAUGUACUGUCCGUUACCGAUGGUCUCUUCCGAGAAACCGUUCGCAGUGUCCCCACUCUUCCUGGUGUGAAUGGGAAGUACGACCAAGUGACCAUUUCCGAACAACUUGUCGAUAGCGCCGUCUACAGGUUAUUCCGUGAACCAGAGAUCUUCGACGUACUGGUCGCGCCUAACCUCUACGGUGACAUCCUGUCGGAUGCUGCCGCCGCACUCGUUGGAUCUUUGGGUUUGAUACCAUCCAUCAAUGCUGGGGACAAUUUCGUCAUGGGGGAGCCGGUACAUGGUUCAGCCCCUGACAUUGAAGGCAAAGGCAUUGCGAACCCUAUUGCAUCUAUCCGCUCUGCGGCUCUGAUGCUUCGCCAUCUUGGUUAUACCAAGGGAGCAGACAGGCUGGAUACUGCCGUUGAUCAAGUUAUCAGAGAAGGCAAGGUUUUGACUCCUGAUCUGAAGGGAACAAGUACAACCAAUGAGGUUCUGGAGGCAGUUCUCCGCAUACUUUAA